CCCUGGUCAAAUGCUUCUUCCGCCAGAAUAUUGCGGGAAAAUUGAGUAAAAUUGAGGCUGCAGGAGCUUGGCGUUAGCUCUGGUGUUUACAGUCGUAUUAGCGCGAUUCAGCAGCAAAUUAGUAAAUAAAUUACUGAGAAGACAUUAGAGGACGAAGAAAAGGCGUGAUGCGGACAAUCGAGGAGGUCCAGGCCACACUGCACAUUGCGAAGCUGAAAGAAGAAGAUCUGCACUGUGUAACACACUGCCUGUCCUUCAGCCACAAUGUCUCCUCCGGAGAUUACUGCCUCAUGGAGCUGGACGAUACACUAUGUAAACAUAUCGAAGCAGGAAAAAGUCACUAAUGCAAUCGAUAUGGCCGCCAGGGCAGACCACGUGACCAGAACACGGAAACAUUAUUAUAGUCUCACAAUCAGAGGUGACAAAGACGAGCAUGCAAUCCUGUGCACUGAAGACAAGACUUAUGACUUGAAAAUAGCAGACACGUCCAAUUUGUUGCUGUUUAUCCCCGAAUGUAAGACUCCAGAUCAGCUCUCGGGCAGCGCAUCAGAUCCUAAACUAAUCCAUGCCCAGAUAUGGGGUUAUGCUAACAGCUAUUGGGAGCUGAGGUGCCAACGACCAAAGUUAAAGAAACUUAAGAAGCUGCUUAUGGAGAACCCAUAUAACGGACCACCGAUUGGUGCACAGGAAGAGUCUCCAGAACUCAUCAAAUAUACUAUGGAGGAUCUUCUAGAAAGAAUCCAGGGAAGCCAGGAGGAAAUAGUGGCCCACCUUCAAGGAAUUCAUGCAUGUCAAAUUGAUGGAUACUGGCGGCUUUUGGAUUUUGAUUACGAGCUGAAGCUCCUUGGUCAUGUGACUCAGCUGGUGGAUUCAGAAUCAUGGUCUUUUAGUAAAGUGCCUCUAAAUGUUUGUCUGGAGGAGCUAGCACCUUUAGAGCCUAAAGCAAUGAUAGAGCACUGUCUCAACAGUUAUGGAAGGCAGUAUAACACUGAAGUUGGAGAGGUGAUGUAUGCUCUAGAUGAGGAUAAAGUGUGCAGGGCCAUGGCUCAGAUGUUGCUGCAGAACGCGGUUAAGUUCAACCUGUCUGAGUUUCAAGAAGUGUGGCAGCAAAGUGUUCCUGAGGGCAUGAGCACAAGACUGGACCAGCUCAGCGGCUUAGCUCUGGUGGACUGUAGCUCGAGGCCAGAGACCAUCGCACUGUUGCGAGUAGAGGACCUGCCUGAGGACACAAUCGAGCGAUUUAACGCACUCUUUGCUAUGAGGGAGAAGUGGACACAGCAGGACAUAGAACCCUACAUACGGGAUCUGUGUGGAGAGAAGCAGACAACUGGCGCAUUGCUGACUAAACAUGCACGCUCCUCCAUGCAGAACGGGACAAAGGUGUAUAACUCAAGAAGACCAAUUGCAACAUGACAUGGUUUCACUUCUUAUUGUGCAAGAUUUAGAGUAUAGUAAAAAUGUAUAUUGUAAAAUGUAUGUUCUCACUGUGUUUCUGCUUUUACAUGUAAUGUAUCAUCAAUUUGUUUACAAUUAAUAAAAUGUAUGAUGAAACAA